UAACGGUUUUAUGAAGUUAAAAGUUCUUAAUAGUCAAACAAAUGAUCCUUUCUUAAAAGUAAAACAAAGAUAAAAUAAGGAAUGUUAUUAACAAUACAAUUUGUUAAGUUGAAUAUUAAUUUAAGAAAGGAAAACUUUGUUUUGUAUAAAAUGUUAUAUUUUGGUAGCUUACGUGAGGAAGAGUACUUGCAAACGGCGUUUUCGUACUAUUAUGACCCUUGUCCGUUUAUUACACCGUAUAAAUAAAAUAAAAUUUUCAAAAUGUAAAAAUAUAUCAAUGAGCCUAUCCUAUAUUACUUUCUAUGGUAAUUUAAAAAGACUAGUAUACACAUAACCUAACAUAGAUACGCAAUCACUAUGGAAAUUACGAUAAGUUUUGGCGGCUAAUUUAUUUUUUGAUUUCGCAAUGGGAAUAACAGGGCUGUUACCAUUUCUCGAAAGUAUAUCAAAAAAGAGUCACAUUAGUGAAUUUCGCGAUAGUGUAGUUGCUAUAGAUGCUUACUGCUGGCUUCAUAAAGGGUCAUUUUCAUGUUCAGAGAAACUUGUCAGAGGAGAAGAGACUUUCGCACAUAUCAGAUACUGCCUAAAAUAUGUCAACAUGCUAUUAAAUUUUAACAUCACCCCCAUUCUCGUUUUUGAUGGUCAGCAUUUAGAAGCUAAAAAAGAAACUGAAUUAAAAAGGCGAGAAGACCGAAAACUUGCUAGACGAAGAGCUUCUGAGCUCUUGGCCCUAGGAAAAGCACAUGAGGCUAGACAGUAUUUAAGGAGAUGUGUUGAUAUUACACAUGAAAUGGCAUUACAGCUAAUCAAGGCAUGUCGAAAAAUUAAUGUUGAUUGUAUAGUUGCCCCUUACGAGGCUGAUGCUCAAUUAGCAUUUCUAAAUACUCAGGGAAUUGCCGAUUUAGUUAUUACAGAGGAUUCUGACUUGCUUCUUUUUGGAUGCAAAAAGACUUUAUUUAAAUUAAACAUUGAUGGAUCUUGCAUAUUUAUUGACCAUGAUAAACUAUGUGUUGCUCUACAAAUGAGUCCUGAUGCUUAUAGUUUUGAUAAAUUUCGUUAUAUGUGUAUAUUGUCAGGCUGUGAUUAUUUAAAGUCUCUACCAGGAAUAGGCAUUAAGAAAGCCCAUAAAGCAUUUAGAUUUACUCAUAACACAGAUAUUACCUCUAUACUACCAAGAUUGGGAAGAUACCUUAAUAUAAACAAUUUAAUGGUUACUGAAGAUUACAUAAGAAGUUUUAUGAUAGCAGAUGCAACAUUUAAACAUCAGAUUGUUUAUAAUCCAUUAAAACGCCAACAACAGUAUCUUACUGACCCAGAUGCUUGUGGUACAAAAAAAGAAUAUUUAUGUAAUGCUGGUGUCUUUACAAAUGAAGAACUAGCUUUUCAAAUGGCAUUAGGAAAUAUAGAUCCAUUUUCAAAGAAAGUUUUAGAUAACUGGAAUCCAGAUACUGAAGAAUGCAGGACGAAUAGUAUUUGGUCAAAUAAUUACAAAAGAAAAUCUACUCAAAAAAGAUUAGAUAAUGAAAACUUGUUUUCAAAAGUUAAACAAAAAAUAACAAUUAUAAAAUCAAAAGAGGUUGAUACUAAAGAAACUGAGAAAGAACAAACAGUUUAUGAUAUUAGGCUUCAAGGAGAAUUAAAUAUUUAUAAAAGUCCACCAUCUAAAAGGCCAAAACUUGAACAAAACGAAGAACUAAAUAGCCAGGGGAAUGAUGAUAAUGAAUUUGUACCAUUAAAUCCAUUUACACAAAAUAAAGAAAAGCGACUUAGCAAAUUUAAUUUAACCACCGUUAAUAAAGCAGUUAUAGUAAAAAGUAAAUUUUUUGCAUCUAGAAGUAGAAAGGAGUAUUCUAAAGAUGGUCGCAAAAGUCCAUCAUUAAUUUACAAUGAAACCCCAGAGCUUGGUGAACAAAAUGAACCUAUCAUUGAGCAUGAGAAUACUACUGUGACAUUAGAACACUUUGCUAAAGAAAAGAGAAAAGCAUUGUCUAGUGUUACCCUUCAGUAUCCAAAGGAAUACAUCCACAAGGAAUCUCAAACAUUUAAUUUAGGCCAAUUUAAAAAAUCUAGCAAAAACAAGUUGUGUACAAAUAACGUAGAAAAAGAUAAUUGUUCAGAUCUAGAAAAUCUGACGCCCCCAGAAUCUUCAAUUUCUAACAAUAUUAGUAGUAGUAGCAAUGUAGUAACUUAUUCUAAUCCACAGUAUGAAUCAAAAUUUAUUAAUCAGAAGGACGAUUAUGUUGAAGAAUAUUUAGGUAAAAGUAAAAGUGAUUGUAAAAGUACACACACUUUUGAAUAUAAUAACAAACAAGUAGAAAGUAUGACUAUGGAACACACAAGUGGUACAGACGAUUUAAAUAGACAAAAUAAUGAAAAUGAUAAAACUGAAAAAGUAUUUGAAACAAAUACUAAUUGCGAAAAUCUCAAAAUUGAUUUCACAUCAAAACUAAGCUUUUCUCAAGAUGAGAAAAGUAAUAAGUCAAUUUUACUUAAGAGAAGUUCUUCACUAUCUAAAUCAGGCUGGCUAAAAAGAUGCCCUAGAGUGGGACUUAGUAGGAACCAACCAACCCUUUUAACUAUGUUUCGAAAAAUGGAAACAAAAGAUUGAAUAUUCUAAGUAGUUUCUCAAUUACUUUUCUAAAUAAAAUGUUCCACUUGACAUAAUAAAAAUAAGUAAUUAUUGUGUUUAACUUUUACAAGUGAAUGUGGUAUGCAACAUGCCAUUAAUUAAGAUACAGUCAUGGUGGCUUGUUUUACUUGUUUUUGUUCUAAACUUUUUACUCAAAAAUAAAUCUUUAUAUAGA